CCACGCAGCCAAAGACUGUUGGGACAAUGGAGCCGGAGUAGAAGUAAAUUUGUAGCCUAGACUGCAGUCUCCAGCACACAUGGAUGUGUUCAGCUUUGUGAAGAUGCCAAAGCUGUCAGGCCACAGGACCAAAUCUUCUGGCUGGCCGCCCCCUUCAGGGACCUGGAGCUCUUCACAGGGACCCCCCAAUGGCUGGGACAUGGGCACCAAUAGAGAAGGGCGUGACUGCUACAUCAACCACGUCUCCCAGAGCAGCUCCCUGGAGGAGGUUCGCCUGGACGGGGACAAGUUUGUGCCACCAGCGCCUCGGAAGGUGGAGAUGAGACGGGACCCAGUGCUUGGCUUCGGAUUCGUGGCAGGCAGUGAGAAACCUGUUGUGGUCCGCUCAGUCACACCAGGGGGUCCAUCAGAAGGGAAGCUGAUCCCAGGGGACGAGAUCAUCAUGAUUAAUGAUGAGCCAGUCAGCUCAGCUCCCAGGGAGCGGGUCAUUGACCUUGUCAGGAGCUGCAAGGAGUCCAUACUGUUGACUGUUGUUCAGCCAUACCCAUCACCAAAAUCAGCAUUCAUAAGCGCAGCCAAAAAGGCCAAAUUAAAGACUAAUCCUGUUAAAGUCCGCUUCGCUGAAGAGGUCAUCAUCAACGGCCAGGUUCCAGAAACAGUGAAGGACAACUCCCUUCUUUUUAUGCCAAAUGUGCUGAAGGUGUACCUGGAGAAUGGGCAGACGAAAUCAUUUAAAUUUGACAGCAACACAUCCAUUAAGGAUGUCAUCUUGACCCUGCAAGAGAAGCUAUCCAUUAAGAGCAUCGAGCACUUCUCUCUGAUGCUGGAACAGAGAGCAGAGGGAUCUGCCAGCAAACUCAUGCUCCUGCAUGAGCAGGAGAUGCUAACUCAGGUGACGCAGAGGCCAGGGUCACACAAGAUGAAAUGCUUCUUCCGCAUCACAUUCGUCCCAAAGGAUCCGGUGGAGCUGCUUAGAAGAGAUGCAGUGGCUUUUGAGUACCUUUAUGUUCAGAGCUGUAAUGAUGUGGUGCUGGAGAGAUUUGGGUCAGAGCUGAAAUACGACACGGCUCUCCAUCUGGCUGCCCUGCAAAUGUAUAUUCUAACCAUCAAUACCAAGCAGUCCCAGAAAGUCUCCCUCAAGUAUAUCGAGAAGGAGUGGGGUCUGGCUUUGUUCCUGCCUCCCGCCGUGUUGUCGAGCAUGAAAGAGAAGAACAUCAAAAAAGCUCUCACUCACAUCCUCAAAACCAACCAGAAUCUGGUGCCACCUGGUAAAAAGCUGACUGCUCUGCAAGCAAAGGUCCAUUAUCUGAAGUAUCUCAGUGAUUUAAGGCUAUAUGGAGGACGUGUGUUUAAAUCCACUCUUGUUCAAGGUGAGAAGCACACAGAGGUGACGUUACUGGUGGGGCCCAAAUAUGGCAUCAGCCAUGUGAUUAACACCAAAACAAACCUGGUGGCACUUCUGGCUGAUUUCAGCCACGUCAACCGGAUUGAGAUGUACACAGAAGACGAGAACCGGGUCAGAGUGGAACUACAUGUUCUGGACGUAAAGCCCAUCACUCUCCUAAUGGAGUCUGUUGAUGCGAUGAAUCUGGCCUGUUUGACUGCUGGCUACUACAGAUUACUGGUCGACUCUAGGCGCUCCAUCUUCAAUGUGGCCAAAAACACAGACGGCCACGCAGCAAGAAUAAAGCAGAACUACCAGCCCAUCGAGUGUACAUACAGCACACCGCAUAAAGGAUCUGAGGACAGGAACAACGUAAGGGGCAGCCAAGAUUAUUCUGAUCAGGAGUUUGAAUACCUCGACCACGGGAGGUGUGAAAGCCAACCGGUGUAUGUAACAGAGAUCCACCAGCCCCAGCACUCGAUGCACAUGUCAGAAAGAGCAGAGUGCUGUAGAAUCCCUUGCACCCAAACUUACCUCAAUGUCCCAAGGCCUAAACCCCAAGACUCUUCAAGGGGUGCAAAGGUCUCCUUUAUAUUUGGAGAUCCUCCUUUGGACAGUGUAAACCCCCAAAAUCUGGGCUACCAGAGACUGAUGGAUGAGAGCCCAGAGAUCCUAGACAAUCACAGCCCCAUGUACAGGCGACUCGAGGAGGACUAUAAGAUGAUGGAGGCCAUAGAGGAGGGGGACGGGUAUCACUACUCCACCAAAAUCUUUGGCACAACCGAAUGCAUCGAGGAGCCACUGCUGCAUGAUAUCUGCUACGCGGAGACGACGGAUGACGCAGAGGACGAGGACGACAUCAGCUGUGAGGAGGACAUAGUGAUGAGUGACAUUGACAAGCCCAUGUUGCUCUCGCUCUCAGGGUCUAGUGAUGACAUCAUUGACUUGACCUCCCUCCCUCCCCCACCGGAGGGGAAUGACGAGGAGGACAAUGACGUGCUGCUGCACUCUCUUAACCUGGCCAUCGCCGCUCCUCCUCCCGGCUUCAGGGACAGCUCAGACGAGGAGGAACAGCAAGGGGCCGGGUCUCGGGUCAAAGGGGCCUGCAAUGAUAUCCCAGUGUCUCUUAUAGAUUCAGUCCCCACCCACAGAGCAGGGGGCCAUGGGGAGCCUCUGAACGAGGCAGUGGUGUCCACCUUACAGGCCCUAGAGGCCCUCGCUGCAUCUGAGGAACAGAGUCCGGCACAGUCAGAGAGUAGCACAGGUGUAGAAAUAUCACGAGCCUUUAGUCCUGACUCCUCAGACUCUGGCAACGAGACAAACUCCUCUGAGAUGACGGAGAACUCGGAGCUGGCCACCGCUCAGAGACACUCAGACCCCCACCUGAGGCUUCACGUGGCCAUGACGGAGGGAUACCAUGCGAUGAAUGAUGAGAAAAGAGAGGGCACCGCGGCUAGCGGAGGUGGCGUGGGAGCUAUGCAGUACAACCCCCAGGAGCAUCAGGAGGAGGAGGCAAAGUCCUCGGCUGUCACCUCCUCUCAGAUCUUUCACCCAGACGGCGGUGAAAUGGAGCCGGAGACGAUGGAAAUCAAAUCAGUCAGUGAAUACUUCACCAAGAUGCAUAUGGGCUCGGUAAUGAGCAGACAGAGAGGAAAACAGAAGGAGGCUGAGAGCAGAAACCAAGGAGAAACCUGUGAAUCUCACACGAUUCCUCAGGACUCAGCUAAAGAUGAGCUCCCUCAUCUUGUUGGGAAGUAUAACGCUUUCACUGUGAGAGAUUCCUAUUACAUGAAUCAACUUGAUCUGGGGCGAACUCACUUUAAAGACAAGCAUCAAAAAUGGCAGCAGAGAGUGCCUGGUAACAAAAUGGCAGAAAAUCUGUCCACAGAUAGUGUGAAUGAGUCACAGGCUUCCCACGCAGAAAGGUUGACAGUAAAAGCAGAGAAACAAGACUCAGAUGAACGUGGCCAAAAGAUAGAUAUGCACACUCGCUCUCCAUCCAGAGGGCCUGCAGAGGGGGACGCUGCUACCCAAGAGAGCGAGCAGCAAAUCAAGAAUCCACCAUCAGAGCAGGACAUCACACGGUUGCAUGAAUACCACUUGAGCAAGCGUAUGUCAUCGAUACAGAGCGAGGGCAUUCAUUCUCUCCAAAGCUCACAAUGUUCCUCUAUAGACGCUGGUUGUAGCACAGGCAGCAGCAGCUGCGUCACUCCCAUGGAUUCCCCUCUUUGUGCCACAGACAGUAUGCAUGUUCUGUCGGAGUCAUCGCUCAAGGGACUGAAUUAUGUAACUGCUGAGGAGAGAGCUUAUGGGCCCUCAGGUCAGGUGAAGGCUGGCCAUCCCAUAGACCCCACCCUGCUGAGGAAGAUCCAUGCAGCAACAAGUGCAGAGCCGGGGUCACGAGGGACAGGGGACGGCAGUCACAGGAUGCCCAAGAUAAAAGAAACCACAGCUUGCACACAGCUGAAGAAAGUUGGGGAAGAGUCAUCUUUAGCUCUCUCUGAGACCACCACCACAACAUUGUCACCAUCAUCUUUAAGAAGUAGCACAGAGCCCAGCGGGCUAACACAGGCCCUACUAGAGCCUGACCCACACAUUGUGGCUUUCCCCUCAAACGGAUCUUCAUGUGACCCAAUGACAGGCAGCCUCAGAAAGCCACGCAGGGUUCGGACGCUCAGGAGGAGCUUGAGCACUAUAAUGCCAGGUUCAAGGAACUUAGAAGCCCUGUUUGUGAAGACAAAAACCUCACUUAAAGGAAAAAGCGUUGGUCAGAGCUGCCAAUCUCAAGAUCCCACAAAAGCAGAGAGGAUAUUCUCUUCUAAAACCUUGCCCAAGAGUUUGUCCCAGGGUUCAGUCGCACUAAAUCCAGGUGGUAGAAGGCAGGUAAGAGGAGCCUCCUCAUCACUACCAAAGUCUUCAACAUUAAGGCUGGAUGCAGGUACAUGGAAGUGUCGUGGACCAUUCAGUCACUGCUUCCUGAGGAGAAAGUCAGAUACUGAAGCCCACGAUGAAAACAGAGAGACGCCAUCACGUGCUCUGUUCUCUCUUAGCUCUGUUUCUUUUAGUCGCAGAGAGAACCCAGGCACGACGGCCAAGCGUAGUAAUAAAGACACGAGCCUUAAAGCAAGGCUGGCUCGUGUAAAUUCAAUGAAGGGGAAAACCUACAGCCUUCACACAGGGUUUGCACUCGCGAGAAAGGAUGCCUUAGAUAUGGUCACUGUGUUGCGUUCCAGCCUCGGUCACUCUUCCAAAGGUGAGAAGCGUGAAGUCGACGAGGUUGACAUGGAUACACACUCCCAGCUGCUUUUAAUGCAGGCCAAAGUGCUGGGCAGCGCCUGCUCUCAGAUGGCCGUGGAGUACAGCAGCCCAGAGGAGUUACUGCUCACUCUGACGCACAGCUUUCACACGCUCUGCUGCUUGACUCAGGCCUGCAUGUCGCUGGUUGAAGGCCUGAGCAGCGAGAGGGAGCGGCGCGAGGUGGUAGCCAAGGUGGAGGAGGUUGUGAUGAACUACGUGAGUCUGCUGAAAGCUGCUGAGAUGGCUUCAGGAGGCUCCCCCGGUGACCAAAGUGUGAAUGCAUUGACACAUCACUCUGCCACCAUGUCUACUAUUAUAAACACACUAACUCACUCGCUGCAAACACUGCUCAAAAAGUAAACUGUUGUUUUUUUGUUAUUUAUGUUCUAAUUAUUGAUUUUAAAGCCAUACAUAAGAGACAUGGGUGUAACAACCAAUGUGAACUGCUGUGAAAAAGAAUUACUUGCCUUGUGUAUACAAUAUUUUAUUAUGUAAAGUUAAAAUGAAAUUAUAUGAAACAGUAAAGUUUUAAAUAGAUUAUAUGAAGACCUUUAUGAAGAUGAAUAAAUCACUUCUCUCAAGUAUAUUAUCUGAUAUAUCAUAGGGAUUAUUUUGAUGAGAAAUUGGUUGUAUUAGGGACUUAAUAUUUAGAUUGCUACAAUCUUAAAAGAUCCUUGUUUAUAUUGUAAAAAAACUUUAUGUUAAAGAAAUGCAUACGAUAUACAGCUACUGACAAAUCAUUGCACAGGAAAAGACAUGACCUUUUAUUUGCUGCAAUCACCUUAAUUUAAUGAAAA